ACGUGCAAUAUCGAUGUGCACGCGUGACUCGCGCGAAUCGCAUAGAUCGAGAAAGUUGCUCAAGUGACUUGCAAAAAGCUACUCGCUCCCGUGGGAAUUCGCUAUCCGCGGAUUACUCUCCCGCGUUUCUCCAACACGCCGAUGGAUUUUCGACCGGAUAUGUCCAUCUCUUGACCGUAACAUCGAACCGUGUUUGAUCGUCCUCGAUCGGCGUGCUUCACAAUAUGUUCAACAAUAUUUUCCACAAAAAUUGCAUCGAGACAACAAGCGUUGUUACAUCAUUGCUAUCGGAACUUCAUAUGAAUAUUCAAUCGGUGAGCACGCGAGUUCACGUCACACGCUCGUAGUUCUUUUUUUUUCGGGACGAAUUUUGUCUGACAGAGCGAAAAGUGGAGAAAGAGAUUGAGAAAGGAAAGUGUAGAGUAUUUUGAAAAAAUAUGUUUUACGACUCGAAUACUACGCUACCGUCAUUGUCACCUUCGAUGCAAACGCCAGACAACACGAGAGACGAAUAUCUCGCCAGAUGGGAAAUUGCAAUUUUAACCAGCAUAUUUCUCAUCACACUCAUCGGCAACACUCUGAUCCUGUUUGCCCUUUAUGUUAGACGACGUUAUCAGCGACAAAAAUUCACUAGAAUGUAUUUUUUCAUUCUACAUUUGAGCGUCGCCGAUCUGUUGACAGGUUUGCUUGAUGUUUUACCGCAACUUGCUUGGGAUAUAACAUUCAGAUUUCAGGGCGGAGCAGUGCUCUGUAAACUGAUCAAAUUCGGACAGCCAUUCGGUCCGUAUCUCAGUUCCUAUGUCCUGACGGUCACCGCAAUAGACAGGUAUCAGGCCAUUUGCCAUCCAUUUAGUUACUGCAGCAAUACGUCUAGAAGAUCGAAAAUAAUGGUGUACGGGGCAUGGGUGUUCGCCGCUAUACUGUGUGUACCGCAGAUUUUUAUAUUCUCAUACGAGGAAAUAUCGCCAGACGUCUGGGACUGUUGGGCCACUUUUAAUCUGAAAUAUGGCGAGAGAGUUUAUGUCACUUGGUAUAGUAUCGUGCAAUUCCUAUUACCCUUCAUAGUACUUGUAUACACAUAUGCAAGUAUAUGUAUAGCAAUAUGGAGGAGCAAUAAGAUGUCAGGAGUCAUUGAUUCCAAAAAGAAAAAUAAGAUCAAUUUCUCGCAACAAAAUCGGAAUCCCUUCAUGUCUAAAGCUAUGCUCAAUACUGUGAGACAGACGAUUAUUGUUAUUACUUUAUAUAUUGUUACCAGUAGUCCAUUUAUCGGAUGUGAACUCUGGGCAACGUGGGAUCCUAAAGCUUUUAGUUUGCCAUUUUUUACUGGAGCUGCUUUCACUAUUCUAAGUCUACUAAAUAGUCUCACGAGUUGCGUCAACCCUUGGAUUUACUUUGCUUUCAACAAAGAUUUACGUACAGCGUUGACAACUUUUUUCUACAGAAGAAAAAACCAUUCGUUAAAUUAUGAUAUAGAUGCACAUCAAAAUGCGUUAGAUGCACCUUCUGCAACGUCAUCGUUUAUUUCUAGAAUUUCACGACUUGCAAGUUCAAAGAUAUUCGGGUGAGGAGAAAACAAAACAAAGUUUGCAUUUUGAGAACUGCUUUGAAUAUAAAGAAUAUAUUGUGAAUAUAUAGUGUUUUUUCGUGCAUACAUACAACUGCAAAGUAUGAAUGAUUUUCGUGAUACAACAAUGUCAUGCAAUAUGUGAUUUUUUUAAAUAAGAAUUUCUUAAUAAAACUAUCUGUUAGGUACUAUCAGUUAAAAAAAUCAUUUAUUUUUUUAAAUAUCUGUACAAACAAGUUACUUUUUUGUGGGAAUUCAACAUGAUUAGCCAUAUGGUUUGUAAUAUGAAUCUUCAUCACUUGAAAAUAUUCACGAUAUUCGAUCAUGUGUAUUUAUCACAUAACCAUAUAACCGUUUUAAAAACUGCUUUGAAUAUAAAGAAUAUAUUGUGAAUAUAUAGUUUAUUUUUCGUGCAUACAUACAAUGCAGAGUAUGAAUGAUUUUCGCGAUACAACAAUGUCAUGCAAUAUGUGAUUUUUUAAAAUAAGAAUUUCUUAAUAAAAUUAUCUGUUAGGUACUAUCUGUUAAAGAAUCAUUUAUUUUUUUAAAUAUCUGUACAAACAAGUUACUUUUUUGUGGGAAUUCAACAUGAUUAGCCAUAUGGUUUGUAAUAUGAAUCUUCAUCACUUGAAAAUAUUCACGAUAUUCGAUCAUGUGUAUUUAUCACAUAACCAUAUAACCGUUUUAAAAACUGCUUUGAAUAUAAAGAAUAUAUUGUGAAUAUAUAGUUUUUUUUCGUGCAUACAUACAAUGCAGAGUAUGAAUGAUUUUCGCGGUACAACAAUGUCAUGCAAUAUGUGAUUUUUUUUAAAUAAGAAUUUCUUAAUAAAACUAUCUGUUAGGUACUAUCAGUUAAAAAAGUCAUUUAUUUUUUUAAAUACCUGUGCAAACAAGUUGCUUUAUUGUGGGAAUUCAACAUGAUUAGCCAUAUGAUUUGUAAUAUCCAUAAAUCGUCAUGAAUCUUCAUCACUUGAAAAUAUUCACGAUAUUCGAUCGUGCGUAUUUAUCACAUUACCAUAUAACGGUUUUGAGAACUGCUUUGAAUAUAAAGAAUA